AUGAAAGCCAGGGUCCCCGUACACCGCCUCCUGAGCGCAUCCAUCCCACUCGCUGUCAGCAGAUCCAUGGUGAUCCGCCAGAGAAACCAGAGAAACCGCAAAGCCGAUGAUCCGAAAUCUUCUGUUGGGCUGGACCAGCAAGAGCGCAGAAAGGCCGACGGGGCUGCCGCUGCUGUUGUAAGGAUGAGUCAUCGUCAAGUCCAGCACCAGCCCAUUGCAGGUGUGGGUGGAGAGGCCAGGGAGCCAGAGGUCGCCCAUGUGUCGGUCGUUGGGACCAUGCCGCUGAGGGACGUGGGUCCAGGUGUGUCGCAGUCCCUGCUGAUGAAGCUUCGUGACGAUAUCAGCAUCCACACAGAUGUUGCGGAGAACCACAGUACGCUGCUCAUGCGCGGUGGUCCAUAG